AUUUUUUGGAGAAAAUAUUUAGGUUAACCUUUGGAAUUAUUUCAAAUCAUAAAUAUUGCAGCACUGCCUCAUUCAAAAUAAAUUUCUAAACUACGUACCACCCAGUGGAUGAUUUCAAAAGCUGUCUGAGAAAAUGGACAAACGAUAUUUGAACUGCUUGCUGAUUUUGUGCUGCGGCAUAAUGCUGCUUCAGCCCGAAAGUUGUCAUGCAUUGCGGAUUAAACGUACGCCAACCCAAGUCAGCCCGUCUACAGCGACUGAUGCUGUCGUAGCACCAGAAGGAAACGAAUUGUCUAAGAGCAGCACGAACAGCCCAUUGGCUAAAGUGGAAUUAGUUAAAGCUACUAGCGUACUCAUGGCUAAGUCUCCGUACGCUGCUGCUUCAAAUACUGGCAAUAGUGAAUCUAUUAAAUCUUUUAAGGACAGUGUCCAGCCUAGCUCGCAAGGAAAGAGCGUGGCUGCGACUGCCACUAGUGGAGUCUCAGUAGUUCCAGCUGCUAUAGGCCUUUCAGCCACAUCAGCUACUUCAGCUCCCAAUACCUUGGCCGCCAAUGCUCCCAAGGCUUUAUCUCCUGCGGAGCCACAGCAGUCCCCACCUUUUGCUCCAAAAAUAGAUGUAGCGGAGGAAGCCUUGUUGGAUGCAGGAUCUUUGAUCGAUCUUUCGCGUAUGCAUCGAUCUAAACGACGCAUGUCGUUUAUAGACGAUAGUCUGCCAGCGUUGGCUCAGCUGCCAAUCUUCGCACCGUCGCGCAUCCAGCGCCGUCGCCGCCACCAUGCCGCUGCACCCGCAGCUCCACCCUAUAUGUAUUACAACAAGAUGAUGUCGCCGGACGGCAAGCACGAGCUGAAGGAAUUCGAAUUGGUUGCUCCCAACAUGAUGAUUGAAAGCAUGCAGCAGGAAUUAAACUAUGGACCAGAGCUGAUGUCUCUGCCGCUUCCACUGACUUUAGCUGCUCAAGAUUUGGGCGGCGUAUUAGUUGUCAAUGCCGAUAAGGGUUUUAUAGAGCCCUCACAUGCUCAUGCCCAUGCCGCCAGACACCAUGCAAAGCACAAGGCGCCCGGAGCAUCUACAGCUUUGGCCACACCCAUGCUUUAUAUGCUACAGCAGCUAUUACAGCAACCUCUAGAGGCCCUACCGAUGGCCGAGACAUCCAAUGAUCUUGACGGGGACAAGCAGACCCCAUUAGGUGAUUCCAAAUCGUCGCAUCGUCACCAAGACACUCCCCUAUACCAAUUCAUUGACCACGCCGUUGACAUGGCACUGCGCAACAACCAUGAAACCAUUGAGCAUCUACUGAUGGAUGGACCAGCCGACAAGCAGCAGGGAAAAGAGCAGAGUGAGAUGUCGAAAGGGCAGCAUAAGGACAUUAAGAAGAAAAAGGAAUUGGAGACGCUGAAAUCAAAGUCAAAGGAAGCAGCUGAACCGACAAAUAACGAAGACGCUCUAGUAGUCAGCUGUCCCAUACACCACGAGCAUCAUACCGACAAAAACGGAGGGGUAGUCGAUGAUGAUAUCGUUGUGGUCAACGAGUGUCACAUUGUCUGAGCAGUAUUAAUAACUGAAAGGGUACACCUGAGAGUAGGCUGUUACUAAUAGGAAAUUAAUUACAAGCUUUUGAGGUAACAAUUAAGUUUUCUUUUGGUUUGAGUGAGCGAAGGUGCACAAAAUUAUAUCCGAUUUUAAAUGAUUAGUAGUUUGGUUGGGAUUUAAAUAUUUGUAAGGUAAAAUUAAGGUUUUGUUAAUUUAUUUUUCAAAUUUGGGUUUCGAUUUAAGUUUUGUCAGAUUUAUUAGAAUAACCAUGUUUGUAUGCAAAAUUUUAGAACGGGGUGUGAAGAAAACGAAAAUCACAACAAUUUAGAACAAGCUUUAAAUCAUUUAUUUGUUUAAAUAUACUGCUAUUUUAAAGUAUCUUUUGUCACACAUAUAAUAGCCAUGAUUGUAAGCAAAAUUUCGAAACGGGGUCUAAACAAACACAAAAACAACAAUUUAAAAUAAACUACAAAAAAACGCAAAUAUUUAAACAAUUA